AGUUGACCUCCCUGUCACAUUACAACAUUGGACUGCACUCGCUUUAAGAGCAGACAACGCGAGUUUGUUCGCUGUUGUCUUGUUUCUUUUACUCUUUGUUUACUUUUUACUGUUCAUACUUAACCGACUAACACAACAGAAAGCGAGCUAUCUGGCUUUAGCUUGCUUCCGCAGCAAUGUCAGCUUGGCGCAGGCUGCAUGCGAAGGUGCGGACGGGUUCUGGGUUGCUGUCCUGCAGACGGGUGACACCUGGGCACACAUGGGUGUCUGGACAUUUAGGUCGAAGCCUGAGUACAGGCACACCUCUGCGAAAUGACUUCGUGAAAGACCUGGAAGCUCAGCUGGCAGCCUUUAGGAAGAAGGCGUCGGACGCUCUGCCGGGGAGCAGCUGGAGCCCCAUUCUUCAGUACCCCAACCUCCCGCCGGAGAGGGCCGACAUUGUGAUCGUAGGAGGCGGCGUGAUGGGCUGGUCCAUCGCCUACUGGCUGAAGCAGAAGGAGAGUGCGCGAGAUGUGGUGAAAGUUGUUGUGGUGGAGAAGGACCCAACGUACUCCCAGGCCUCCACCGUGCUCUCCGCUGGGGGGAUCCGACAGCAGUUCUCCCUGCCUGAGAACAUCCACCUCUCCCUGGCCUCGGCAGACUUCAUGAGGAACAUCAACGAACACCUCGCCACGUUGGACGAACCGGUGGACCUGCAGUUCAACCAUUCGGGGUACCUCUUCCUGGCCAGCGAGGACGUGGCUCACAUCAUGGAGGAGAACUACAAAACCCAGAGAGAAGCUGGAGCCCAGGUUGCACUUCUCUCUCCGACACAACUGAAGGAGAAAUUUCCGUGGAUAAACACAGAGGGUGUCGUGCUCGCUUCGUAUGGGUUGGAGAACGAGGGCUGGUUUGACCCCUGGACCCUGCUGAACGCCUUCAGAAGGAAAGCCAUCUCUAUGGGAGUCAUUCCGUGCUAUGGAGAAGUUACAGAUUUUAAACAUACGACAACCGUGGCGACGACCACUGAUGGCGAACAGCUGGAUCGCACAAGAAUAAAAUCUGUCAAAGUGCAGAUGCCGAACAGCCUGGUGUACCAGCCGGUGGAAUGUGCCAUUGUGGUGAAUGCAGCAGGAGCCUUUUCUGGUAAACUGGCAGCGAUGCUGGGACUUGGCUCCGGUCCCAAAGACACCAUCGCUGGAAUUCCACUGCCCGUUGAGCCUCGGAAAAGGUACGUGUAUGUCGUCCACUGUCCUGAUGGUCCCGGUCUAGACACUCCCUUCCUGAUUGAUUACUCUGGAGUUUACUUCAGGAGAGAGGGGUUAGGAGGGAACUACAUCGCCGGGACAUCACCAGAGGAGGCGGAGGAGCCAGACACCAGUAACCUGGAGGUGGACCACCAGUUUUUUGAGGACAAGAUUUGGCCCAACUUGGCCAAUCGUGUCCCUGCCUUUGAGAAACUGAAGGUGACCAGUGCUUGGGCAGGUUUCUACGACUACAACACCUUCGACCAGAACGGCAUCAUCGGCAUUCACCCGCUGAUCAGCAACAUGUACUUUGCCACCGGUUUCAGCGGCCACGGCCUGCAGCACUCGCCCGCGGUGGGUCGCGCUGUGGCAGAGCUGAUCCUGGACGGAAACUUUCAAACGUUGAACUUGAGCAGCCUCGGCUUCCAGCGCAUUCUGGCCCAGGAACCCAUGCUGGAGAGGAACAUCGUGUAGAGGAGUUUGGACUCGUUCACACUGCUGCCAAUGCCAAAAUAUCACAACUUUAGUCGUAACUGUUGUAGUUAUUAUUCUGAAGAGUUAUCAUAACGCUGUACUCAUCAAGUUGAUUACGGAGAUCUGGGAACGUGGUAUCGUCGCUACGGUGAAGUAGUAAUCCUAGAGUUCCUCCAAAACUGCCUGAAAUUUGGUAUUUGGUAUCUGCGAGUACUAUUUCAGUGUCCCGUUCGCCUUUUUUACCCAGGAUAGUAGAUAGGAAGUGUUUAACAUGAGCCAGGCCAUACAACAACGAUACAGGCUUAUUAGUAUACGCUUGUUAGAUGAUAAUCACGCACACGUAUUGGAUUGGUACAAAGUUCAGGUAUCGGGAGGGUAGUGGUGCAAUGGUGUCUGAAUCCAUAAUAAUACAUCAUAAUUUAUUAUCUGAUUGUUGCUUAAUAUUAACUAUAUUUUGUAUUAAUCUGAAUCUGUGAAAUGUAACCAGUAACUACAGCUGUCAGUGGAGUAAAAAGUACAAUAUAUAACUACUAUAUUGUACUGUUAUAUUUUUGCUGAUGUGUAGUGGAGUAGCAGUAUAAAGUAUCAAUGAAAAUGGAAAUAGUAGAAAAUACUUGAAGUAAAUGUAAUAAGCUACAUUCAUCCACUGCCAACAGACAGUACUGUUUAUUGUAGUGACCAUGACAUGAUUUGAACAUUAACUGUAGCGGUGUCAGGAGGACGGAUAACAUCGGUGUAUUUUGUUGUUUUUUGGACGAUCUGGCAUGUUUUUAAAAUAAAAAUAAUAGGUAACCAAACUUUUUUGGAAGAGAAAACGAAGGAAAAAGGUCAAAUUAUUACCCAAACUGUCUGAACUUCGACUUACUAACCCUUUCCAUAGUUAAGCUGACUUCUUUCCCUGUGUGACCGACCCAGAUCUCCAAUUACUUUUGUGAGUGCAGUGUUAUUAUAACUGAUAUAUAUGAGGGUCAAAACUACGUAAACAUGACAGAAGUUGUGAUAGUCAUUAUUGUUUAAUUUUACUUGUGUAACCGGCAAAGUACGAAGCUUUUAGAAGAUCUCAGGACGAAGGUUGCGGUUUCUUUUAAUGCUGAUAUGAUGCAGAAAACAUUUAUGCUGCAAACAAUACGUCUUAUCAAUAUGUUCUUAUGUAUCUUCUCUGACUGUUUCGAGUCAGAGUCGGACUCGGAGGGGGACUUUUACUGCACAGCUUUCUGUGAUCGAUGUUGACUUCUUUCUAGUGAAAUGGGGACAGAAGCUUUGAGAAAGUACUGGAAAAGCGGAACUGCCUCUUCAUUUAGAAACCUGUAUGCAGAAGGGAAAUCAGUUGAAACAGGGAUAAUUGGAUGGAGAGAAGGAGGUGAGACAGACACAGUUGAAACUGUAAUUUACACCAAAAUCCACACUUCUGCUUUCAAAUUCCUAUGAGCUCGUUGGUGCUGUUGUGUAAUGCAGCAGGAUAAACAUUUUAAUGGAAACAUCAGCAGCAACUCCAGAAGAGUUUCUAUACUGUACAUAAUGUACAAACAUUGUGUUUGUGUUUGUGUCCGAUACAUAAGCCAUGCAAUAUAAUGUCACAUUGGAUCCUUUCAAUGUGUUCUUGUUA